AUGACUCGUGUAAUUAUUCAUGGAAUGAUCGAAAAUUAUCGAGCAUCAUGGUACGAUCAAAUGCGGCAAGCUUUCCUCGAUACGGAAGAUAGCAACUUGAUCUUUGUCGAUUGGUCGAAAACGAAUCAUUUUCCGUAUACUCAAGCGACAGCCAAUACUCAGAUGGUUGGUGCUGAAGUGUCAUUGUUGAUCGAUGAGUUAAUUGCUAAUCAUGGAGCAGAUCGACAAUUGAUUCACUUAAUUGGUCAUAGUUUGGGUGCACAUGCAGCAGGUUAUGCAGGAUCUCGUAUUAUCCCUCGUGUCAGUCGCAUCACAGGUCUUGAUCCAGCUGGACCUUACUUUGAAUGGACUGAUCCUCGUGUUCGUUUGGAUCCGAGUGAUGCCCAAUUUGUCGAUGUUAUUCACACGGAUGGACAAGCUCAUGUUCAAUUGGGUCUCGGUCUUCUACAGCCAUUAGGUCAUGUCGAUUUCUAUCCGAAUGGAGGUCUUGAACAACCUCAGUGUCCUAAAAUGACCGGGAAAAUCUGGAAUACCAUUAUUAAUGCAUUUGAUAACGAAGGUAACACGAGGCCUCUUCAUUUCAAGUAUUAUAGUCACUGA